GACAGCUGUCAUUAUCGUUAUCGCUACAAAAUAUAUUUUCCUUACGAGAAAUGCCUGAAAAAUAAUAAAAUGCCAGCCAAAUUGGGAAAUACAUUCGAACAAUUGACAUCCAUACGCAAUUCUUUUUAUGUUCUAAGUAAACGCAAGUCGUUUAAAUAUGGGGUACCAUUUAUUUUGUUUGUUGUAGGAGGAUCUUUCGGGCUAAGAGAAUGGACCCAAAUCAGAUACCAAUUUUCUCAAGUAAAAGGAGUGAGCAAAGCUGAGGCAGAGAAGAUGGGCCUAAAUAAAGCCAAGGAUGUGACCCUCGAGGGCACUUAUGAUGAAAUACAGAAGCUGGACAUUGAUAACUGGGAAAAUAAACGUGGACCGCGCCUCUGGGAACCUGAUACUCUGGUUAAGGAAAAGUAAAUAUACUGUCAUGAUGUUAUUUGUUGUUAAAAAUGUAAAUAGGUAGGAUGUAAUGUAAACAAUACAAUGGUUUGUUUGUUAAUUUCAAGUAUUUUAAUUAAGCUUCAUCCAUCUUUCAAGAAUAUCCCUUGGGGCUAGUAUUAUAUAAUUAGUGAUAAGACCGCCUGUUGCUAAUUUGCUUACAAUGUAAAUCUGUUUUUAAAUUUGUUUUAUUUGUGGUGCAAUAAAGAAUACUUACUUACUUACUUAUAUUAUAAUAAAAUUAUGAUCUGCCCUGUAAGCUUGUAGGUACCUACAUGAAACUCAUUCUCUCAUUCUCCUCCCUUGUUCCUGAUAAAGGACAACAAACAGGAUCGACAUGCACUAAUGCGUAGUAGGAAGUGCUAAUACGUAGGUAUCUAUUAGUGGACCAUUAAUAUGAACCCACUUGAAUGUCCAUUUGUAAAUCUUAUGGCAACGAGAUAAAGAAUUCCGAUGAUCAGAGCAGUGUGUUAGUAAAAUGAAACUGCUAGAAACGUGCCGACACCAUUAUUAGAAUUAUUCACUACUUCGUAGAAAGCCAAUGUCGCAGUCACCUAUUUUUACGCGACUGCGUAAAUGUCUACUUAUAAUCAUAAAAGAAAAAGUAAAUUAGUACGUAGUGUACUUAUAUCGACUUGACUUCGGUUACUGAAUUAUAUAGAAUGGACCAACUUUUUUGCGAUACCUAAUGGCUAUCCCUAGCUAUUAUUAAAUGUUAUGAACAGAAUGUGGACUCUGUAUACAGUCUGAUCUAAGUUAUUUCAGUUAUUUGUACAUCCAAUUGUAAUUCAGGAGAUUUGUGGGUACCUAUUUAACUAAAAAAUUUAUAGGGGUCUAUUGCAUACCUAAUAAAAAUAAUACCUAUAAGUUAUACUAUUAGUGAUUUUACAUACAAAAACUCCUUUGUUUUUGGAAGAUUUUUUUAAAUGAUCAGUCAAUUAUGUCCUAUCUUCAGUUGUUAUUAUUAGUUAUACCUAUUACGCUAGUUAGUCGUAGGUAUUACUUGUAUUUAUCGAUUUGUACAAAUACAUACGAAAUGAUAGACUGAUGUAAAGCUAAGAAAUUUUACUGCGCGCCGAUUUUGUUCUAAUUGCCUAUAUUGAUUAGCGUAAUCUAUUAGAAUUUUACAGAAAUAUAAUGUUAAUGUCUGCAAACCUACUUAUUAUUAUCAUUUUCAUAUUGUUUGUUUUGAUCAAUAACCCCCAUGACGUCACAAAGAAAUUUGGAUCAGCCGACUUUGACGCAUGCGUUCUAGAAAUAUUCAUAGUUCUGUCUCACUUCAUUAUAUGGUGAUAGAAAGAAACAUAUUUUAACCUCGGUCAACCUCGUGUUUUGUCGUGUCAUCUCGAGUGAAAAAUUGAUUGCGCUGUCGUUGUCUAUAAAAAGGGGUCGCUGCUUAUUGGCCGACGCAUUUCAAAGCGAAAACUCGAAAAAGGAACUUUAUUAGCGUGUGACUCUUCAGAGUUGUUUGUUGAAGAUAAUAAUUAUUGUGUUUUAUUAAGAAAAAUUCUAGUGACUAGG